AUGACAAUGAAUGAGGAGAUCAAGGACACGUGGUUCGAUGCAUGGGAUACUCAGACUCUAUAUCAAGACAAAGUCAUUGGAUGUGAUGAAUGCGUUCAAGGAUCACCCAUAUCGAAAUCCGGAAUUGUAUGUGGGCCAGUAUUGAGGUUAAUUGACGUGAAUUAUGAUACACUUACCUAUAAUGGAUCUAUUCUCAUGGUCACUAAGAAUGACAAUGUGCCACCGGUAAUUAACUAUACAAUCGGCCCUGCUUACGAAGAAAAAGGUGACGAUUUACGAACCAGACAAUUUUCUGAGGGACAAUUCAAACCCGUCUUGUUUCACACAGAUGACUUGGGUGAAGAUGCUUCCUUUCAGUUUUACCGUUAUAAGAUUAACCUUCCAUUAAUGAAUAGCGAACAAAUGGUAAAAUAUUCUGUAAAUGGGAGGUUUCAACCUCAUUUCAGGUUCUUCAUCCCUUCUAAAACCAUGAAUUUUAACACUAUUGCCUACUCUUGUAAUGGAUUCUCACUGUCAGUCGACACAUCUGUAUUUAAGGGUUCAUUAUGGUUUGAUAUCCUUAACAAACAUUCCAAGGUUCAUUACCAUGUAAUGCUAGGUGGUGGUGAUCAAAUUUACUCAGAUUCCAUUAGACUUUACUCUCCCACAGUACACGAAUGGCUAGAAACACAUGACCCCAUUAAGAAAUACACCACGAACAUCUCGCCCGAAUUCUUCAAGGAUAUGAACCACUUUUAUUUAAAAGAAUAUAUUGAAUGGUAUGGGUACGGUCAUUGGCGUGGAUCCACCCCCAAAUCAAUGACCACGCAAAGAUGUCUACCAAUUGCUUUGUCAACAAUCCCAUCGAUUAAUAUCUGGGAUGAUCACGAUAUCAUUGAUGGGUUCGGAUCAUAUUCCGACUCAUUUAUGAGAACACCAAUGUUUAGCUCCAUUGGAAAAGCUGCAUAUAAAUAUUAUAUGCUAUUUCAACAUCAUGUUAGUACAGAUCCAAGUGACAAGGAUGCCUAUUUGAAUGACUCUAAUUGGAUCCUCGGUAAAUCGGUAGGUCCCUACAUUGGAGAGAAAUCACACUCCGUGUUCACUAGGCUAGGCCCCACAAUGGGAUUACUUGGAUUAGAUUGCAGAACAGAAAGACAAUUACAUGAGAUUCUUUCCUCCGAAACAUAUGAUCUGGUCUCCCAAAGGUUAAGAAAUGAAAUAUCUAAGGGGAAAUUGAAUCAUUUACUAAUUAUGUUGGGGGUUCCCAUUGCAUAUCCAAGACUGGUUUGGUUGGAAUGGUUAUUUACAUCAAGGUUAUUGGCUCCAUUGAAAUAUUUAGCCAAGAAGGGAUUGUUUGCAAGAGGUCUAGUAAACGAUUUCAAUGGUGACGUGGAAUUAUUAGAUGAUUUAAAUGAUCAUUGGUGCGCUAAGCAUCAUAAGAAAGAGAGAAAUUAUUUGAUUGCAAAAUUACAAGAUUUUGCUGCAGAGAACGGUAUUAGAGUGACUAUCUUAUCUGGUGAUGUUCAUUUAGCUUCAUUGGGUAGAUUCAAAAGUAAGAUUCAUAAGCGUCAUGUUAUACAUGAGGAAGAACAUGAAAAAGAGAAUUUAGCGACCAUAAAUAAUCCGGAAAAUGAUGUGAGAUUGAUGUUUAAUGUAAUUUCAAGUGCAGUGGUAAAUACUCCGCCACCAACAGCAAUGGCAAAGCUUUUGCAACACAGGGCACCUGUUCAUCAUUUUGAUUUCAGCACGGAUGAGGAUUCUGUCCCCAUUUUCAAGUUUGAUACAGACGGUACCACCAAGAGAUAUGAAGCAGGAUUUAUGAAUAAAAGGAACUGGUCAGAUGUGAUUCCUGUCCAAAAUAUACUACAAAAUGAUUAUUUGAAUGGGGUUUUCAGAUUAAAAAUGGGUGAAAUGGUUAUUCCAGGGAUUGUGAGACCCAAUGAAGGAAUUUUGCCAGUCAAGACAACUGAAAAGCAAGAUCAGGGCUAUCCAGUAACGCCGGACGGUGUAAUAGCAUCUAUUCACGUUGAGACAGAUCAAUUGAAUCCAGCUUCGAGUUCCACAUGCUAUGCUUUACCAAUUCCCGAACUAAGGACCAAAAGUAAGUCGUUAUCUCAUAAAGGUAUAAAACAUGUAGUUUUACCAUAA